AUGAAAUCUCAUUCCUAACAUGAAAAUGCACCAUUAUAAUAAUUGGGUCGUUUGAGAAUACCAAAAGUACUCUUUCUACCAGGUGAACCUAUGGCUAAAUAGCGUAUCUCUUCCCUUCCUUCAACUCCUAUGAAGGGUAUUCCAAAUUAAGCUGAUGUUCAAGAGAAAUUAAAAAUAAUAUAGGCUGAAAGAGAAGCAAAAUAGAAAUUAUAAGAAUAAGAAAUAUUUGAAAGAGUAAAUCGAUGCUCUUUUAAUAGAUAAGCUCACAUUAUUAACAAAUUACAUAAUGUUGAAUAAAAAUUAGAUAGAUGGAAAAAAACUAGACAGAACAUUGAAUUGUAAAUAAUUAGAGUAGCAAAAGCAUAAACAAUUAGAUGAUUGAAUCUCAUUAAAAGACUGGAAUUGAAUUUCAUCAUUCAAUUUAGAAGAGAAAUUAGAGUUAUUCUGAAUUUGAAUAUAGAAGUAGUGGAGUAUAAUUUAAUCCUGAGCUUGUUUAAAAAAAGAAGGAAAGAGAGAGAGAAAGAUCUUAAUUAGUAAAUUAGACAAGAUAUAGAAAUAAUUUAGAUUAAGUAUUACUGUUUAUAUUAUUUCAGAUUGAUAGAAAUGUUAGAGUAAUGUAGAAAAAAUAUAGAACUGAAAAGAAAUGUUUAACACUCCGUAAACCAUUUUAUAAUAUAAAUGAUCUUAAAAAUUAUUCUCACUUUUUAUUAAUUUGA